AAUAAACAUUUGAAGUUAUUCAGAAAAUGGACGAAAAGCUUAAAUUAUUAGAACCUCUCCAAGACGAUACUUUGACUGGACAUAAAAUGAAAUUCAACAAAUUUUGAAAGGAUAAUAACUGGAAACCGAAGAAAUCGAAUAAAAGAGACCGGAAGGAUAAGAUAAAACAGUUUGAGACUAAGCUUGCCAAGGAUGACCCUACUCUUGAUUAUUACAAAAAAGGAAAUAAGAGGAUGAGGAUAGAGCAAAUGUUUAGUGAGCUCUCACUCAAUGGCCACCAAUCUCCUACUUCGAAAUCUUCUCAAAGAGAAUAUUCCUAUGAAGAUUCAUACCAAGGAUCUGAAUGAUUUUCAAUUGAAAUUCAAAAGAUACAGUCAACCAAAGACCUUAAUGAAGGUGAUAUAUUGCCAAGGAGAAAAAGAAAGAGAGCUAAAACAUACGCUUCUCAGUCAAACUCACCAAGUUUCGGAAAUCAUACUAAUGUAUCCGAAAGUGACUCACUAAGAAAGUCUCUAGUGAUAUCUGAAUUUGUGAAUUUUUCAGAAAAUACCCCCAACCCCAAGCCUGAAGAUCUUCAAGUCCAGUCUGACUCAAAUCGAGAGAAGUCGGAUGACACCAAGGUCUCAAUAGAGAUUGAUGAUAACAAAGAAGAUUCUCUAGAUAAAGAAAUGGAUACUACCAAUGAAAUCAAGCCCAGGUCUAUCCGUAUCACCAUUCUGAAUGACCUUGACAAAGUAAUCUUUGAGAAAAGUCUGACAAUAGACCAUGAUAGCAUUAAAAUCAAACCCUUCCUUGACAUCAUCGAUGAAUUAUGAGCUAAAAGCCGAGGACUUUCGAAGUAUAAGAAAUUUUUCAAAAAAGCUUUGUACAAGAAAUUUAAUAUCCCAGACUUUGAUGACAUAUUCCAAGAUAAUUUCUAA